CCGAACUCUUUCCUUCACCUCACGACCCCAAAAUCUAUUCCUUAUUGGAAAUUGUAUUCUUCUUGGGCAUACACGGAGUAGUUUUUCAUUUCUGCUUUCUAAUUGUCUCAGUUAUUCUCAUUAUUGGAGCCAUGAAGGAUAAACCACCACUGCUGAUACCCUGGAUAGCUUGGACUCCAUUUUUCAUAUUAGCUAUCAUUGUCAAUGUUGUCAUGAUUUUAACUCAUGAUUCCUUGCUUGCAGUUCCCGUGGUAUGCUUCGCCAUUUUCAUUUUUAUGAUCAAGAUUUACUCAACCAUUAUAGUUGCUGCUCAGUUUAAAGAACUAAUUAAAUAUGAAACACGUCGGACCUAUUUGGAAGGUCUAACAGGAGUAACACCAGGAAGAUCGGGAUUUUGUGCUUACUUCGAUAGAGACAGACAAACUGUUCGAGUAAUUCCGGCAGACGAAGCAGAGGCCGGACCUUCUUCCAACGACAGUGAUCACCCAAAGAAAAAGAGUACAUACCUACUCGAUAAGCCGUCCAUGAGGGAGAGGCUGAGUCAUACAUACGCCAGGGUUUUGAUGUCAACGCAGUCAAAGCCGAAUUCGUGACAGACGCUGUGAAACCGUUAAAAUUUAGUUUUUCACUUUAUUAUUAAAAGUAAUUCAUAUCUCGUUGGACAACUUGGUGUACACAGUGGAAGAAACUGAGUUCGUGUUGUUAAAUAAGAUGAAGCUUUUGAAUAAAUUAAUUAUUCCUAAAUUCUUACUGUACA